UCAGUUCCAGGGUGGCGUGUGGUCCCUGAACAUGAUGCUGUGUGACGGUCUGAUGUCCAUGGAUGUGAUGCUGUGCACAGCCUCCAUCUUCAACCUCUGUGCCAUCAGCGUCGACAGGUUCAUUGCCGUGUCAAUCCCUCUGAACUACAACAGGAAGCACGUUGACCAGCGUCAGAUCAUCCUGCUGUCAGGCACCUGGCUCAUAGCCCUGGCCGUGGCCUCCCCAGUCAUGUUGGGUAUCAACAACAUCCCACACCGGGACCCCACCGAGUGUAAACUGGAAGAUGACAACUACGUGAUUUACUCCUCUGUCUGCUCCUUCUUCAUCCCCUGUCCCAUCAUGCUCCUCCUCUACUUCGGCAUGUUCCAGGGCCUGAAGAGGUGGGAGGAGGCGCGCAAGGCCAAGCUGAGGAACAGCAUCCAGACAUGCAGGAAGCUUCAGCAUGCAGCCGCAGCCGCCGCCAUGCCGACCUCAGGGACCAUCCCCGGGCCGCUGCCCAUGCCCCUGCCCAGGAUCAUCGAGAGGGACCUGGCUCAGGCCCGGCUGGGGCUGGAGGAUACCGAUGACUAUCUGCAGCCAGACUGCCCCCCGUUCCCCUCGGCGUACAGGGAGAGGAUCAGCUCCGUGCCGUCUAUCUCCUACCAGCAGAAGCCGCCGCAGAAGAGGAAGCGAGCCAAGAUCAACGGCAGGGAGAGGAAGGCCAUGAGGGUUCUUCCAGUUGUGGUGGGUUGCUUCCUGUUCUGCUGGACCCCGUUCUUCGUCGUCCACACCACCCGGGCCCUGUGUGCUACCUGCUACAUCCCGCAGGCCCUGAUAAGCACCGUCACCUGGCUGGGCUACGUCAACAGCGCCCUCAACCCCAUUAUCUACACGGUCUUCAACACAGAGUUCAGGAAGUUCUUCAAGAAGUCCCUCCACUCAUUCAGCUGCUGCUGACGUCAGCCCCACACCGCAGGAACAAUGGUAGCGCUAACCGUACUCUCACAGAAGGCGUAUAUUACUGCACAGGCAUUUCCAGUUGGGGUCAGUUCAGAAGGUACACAAAAAAAAAUGUCCAAUUAUCUUCAAUGCUUUUCGGUGAGGAGAAUGUGGAAUUGACUUUCUUAAUUGCCUGGGGAUGGCCCAGGGCUAAAUCUGUAUGUAUUGCUCUGGGGUGACCAACCCUCCUCCUGGACAGCUACUUAGUGAACAGGUUUUUGCUACAACCCUACCCUAAACAGAUGACCUUGAUCAGCAGGGAUGGAGCCAGCACACCCUGUAGAUCUCCAGGAGGAGGUUACAAGUUAAACCUUCAUUUAACUAGGCAAGUCAGUUAAAGAACACAUUCUUAUUUACAAUGACGGCCUACCGGGGAUCAGUGUGUUAACUGCUUUGUUCAGGGGCAGAACAACAGAUUUUUACCCUUGUCAGCUUGGGGAUUCGAUCCAGCAACCUUUAGGUUACCGACCCAACGCUCUAACCACUAGGCUACCUGCUGGUUACUGACCCAACGCUCUAACCACUAGGCUACCUGCCCCCUCAACCCCAUAGUCAUGCCACUGAGAUUUGGCUAUAUGAGUGUUUAUCUGGUGGGUGGGCGGAGUUGGGUGGGCGGAGUCUGAGACCAUUCCAACUGUUCUAAAGUAACAUCGCUCUCCGUCCUGGAUACCAUGGCGAUGCUGGCUUUGCAUUGUUUAUUACAGGUGUGGUAUGAGGCUUAAUACUAGCAUUAUAACAGUCUUACGACGGUGUUAUUACAGCCCUGUGAUUACACCUUUAAAUCUGAAGUUAUUUAGCUGACAGCAUUAUGAAGAACAGAAGCUAAUCAAUGAAUGCAUUCAUACAGUGUGUAUGAUACUGAAGCUUUAGCCUGUAACCUCGUAUACAAAUCCAUUCAAAUGUUGUUUUAUUUCAUUUUUGAAAGUUUGUUGUAAUGUUGUUUGUUUUUGCCAUUUUAACUGAAGCCAAUACUUUGACUGUGUCUGCCUGUAACAGCAGUCUGUUUGUCGGCUCAUUGACAGUGCCUACUGUUUUACCAUAUCCACGUUUUAUGUGGAAAGCUUUCCAAUAAAAUAAAAGACACCUCU